UCUUUUUUAUCUCCUCCUUAAUCCUCUUUUUAACAAAUGAAAAAAACAGCAACUUUCAAUCUCAGCUCUUCAAUGCCGAGUCCAUCGAUCCUGCGUUCAAAAUCUGUUCCCUGCAACAUCUCAGAAACUCAAAAUUCUCCUACAAACUCACUCAUAGUAGCCCCUUCAGUCAGAUCAUCCAAAUCAGCUGACUCAUUGAAACCAUCAUCAUGGCCUAAAGAAGUCAAUGAGUUUAUUAUAGCAAGAAAGGGAGGCUCAUCCUCGAAGAACUCGAGUUUGACAGCUGAUAAUCUCCAGGAAUUCAACAAAAGAAAUGCAAUUCAAGAAGAAAAGAGAUACUCUGCUAGAAGUCCAUAUUACAAAGGACUUACUGAUUCGUCCAAAGAGAUUAAUCGACAGAAGUUAUUAGCAGAGUUUAGUAGUCCUGGAAAAGAUAUAUCAGCUUUUUCUACAAGUUCCAGUUCUAAAUCCAAUUUAGCUACCAAGGUACAAGAAUGGAGUGCAUCUUACUUUGCACGCAAAAGCAAAGAGGAAAGAACAUCCUUCUCCUUGAAUGUUUCUUCUAGGAACAAGAACAUCCAAGAUCCUUCAUCAGAGACAAGAGAUAAAAGAGUAAUCAGAACGACAAUCGGAGAAGAACUUGGUUUACGUUCCAAAGGAGUUAGAAGAUGUGCAAGAAAAAGCAAACUUAGAAUUUCACAAUUAGAUCAGGGGAAGCCUUUGAGGGAGAGAGCAUCAGAAAUGCAAACAAAUUUAGUACAACUACCAGCCCCUGCACCUCCAUUAACAUCACCACAAAAAUUGUCAUUACCAUCUCCACCACCAACUCCAUUAAUAUUACAAACAUCAUCGCAAGAGGAAGAAAUUGAACCAGUACCAUUGCCAGCUUCACCAACUCAAACUGUAGAUGAUGAAAAAGAUACCAUAGAGGAGAAGGAUAUUACAGUUCCAGAAGAACAGAAUGACAAAAGAUUUAAAUGGGCUGACAAGUAUAGGCCUAAUGCUCUUAAAGAUUUCCUAUGCAAUCGAAAUACAGCACUAGAAUUGAAGGCUCUGGCAAAAACAGAUCUCAGUACUCAUCAUUAUAUAUUUGCAGGACAACCAGGAGUAGGGAAAAGAACCAUGAUAUAUGCUCUGCUUCGUGAAGUUUUUGGACAUAAUAAAGUACAGGCAAGAGAAAAGUGCAAGGUAUUCCACUUAAAGGGAGAAGGAGUUCCCAGCAUCCAAGUAAAUGUGAAGGAAUCAACAAAACAUGUUGAGAUCAAUCUCUCUGAAACUAAAGGCUAUGAGAAGCAUGUCAUAGUAGAACUAAUCAAUGAGAGAAGGCACAAAUCAUCAAGCAAAUCUGCACCGUGCCAUCCUGAUGACUGUAAAGCCAUCAUUCUUUGUGAGGCAGACAGACUAUCAACAGAUGCCUUGCUAUAUAUCAAAUGGAUGAUAGAGAGAUAUGAAGGUUGUUAUAUGGUGGUCUUUUGCUGCAGUGAUAUCACAAAACUCCAGCCAAUUAAGUCUAUUUGCAAAGUUGUCCAUCUCCAAAAACCUUCAGAUGAUGAGAUUGUACACGUCUUAGAAUUCAUAGCAAAACGGGAAGGAAUAGAACUACCCCACCAAAUGGUAGCGAGGAUUGCUAGUAACUCUAAAAGUAACCUACGCCAAGCAAUUCGCUCUUUUGAAGCUACCUGGCACUUCAACACUUCCUUGACUGAGAAUCAAGAAAUAAAGACAGGGUGGGAAGACGACAUUGCAAAGAUUGCUAAAAACAUAAUUGAAGAACAAAGCCCAGAGCAGCUAUACGUUAUUCGUGGGAAAUUGCAGAACUUGAUAGAGCACAAUGUAUCUGCUGAGUUCAUCUUUAAUACUGUGGUUGAAGAACUAAAGAGUAAUUUGGAUGACCAAUUCCACAAAGAAAUGGACACUCUGAAAAUGAAGUACAGUAUAAAUUACAAUGAUCUCGAACAGGGUAAGAGUGACAAUGAUGCAGUGAAAAAGAUUGUUCUAAAAUUUAUGAAGAUUGAAGAGUUCAUAGCUAAAUUCAUGAGCUGGUAUAAGACUUCUGUUCUGACGAAAUGAUAUUACAACCCCAUCCUCUCCACAGUUGGUGUUUAGUUUGGAAACAAUUUCCAUUUGAGUGGUAAAGAAUUUAAUGCACUUAAGAGUACUAUUGCGAACAAGCUUGGUUAAUAAUUUCGUAUUUCAGUUGUAAAAUAAAGUGGCAAUCUAGCCGAAUCAUACAUUUUAUGUGCUUAAGAAAUUCUAUCUCCUGUAGAAUUAUGUAAGAUAAAUAAAAAGGCACUCAAGAGGUGUAAGCUUUCAUUGUAUUGGAAGGGUACUUCUAAAACUAAUACACCAUAUUUGACACUUUUUCUAUUACACC